GUUCACGAGACUUCCGCAGAACCGUCGCAAACCAUCUGCGAUAUACGUCGGUGCCGAGAAUGAGUAGAAGAGCUGUCUACAACGUAACGCGGUAAGAGUCGAAUCCGGGGAGUGGUUCGCAUAAUCGUCGUCUUCGCAUCUCCUGCUCUCACAAUCUCAUAGUUUCUUACGUCGUGAGAGAUUUUCAAUCAUCAUCGUCGUCGUCGAUUCCAUCUUCGUCGUCCUGGUGGUGCCCGGUAUCACACAUCGUUAUCAUUCACGCGCAAUUAACAAUACUAAAAGGAAUGACCGCCUCGAGCGGUAGUCCACUGCCGAAAUGGCAGCUUGCCCUGGUGCUUGGUGCCCCGGUUGCUAUCGGUCUCGGCUACAUGUAUUACAGAAACAGGACUAACGAUAACAGCAGCAAGCCGGGACGCGACAAGUACAGGAGUGAUGUGACGGCCAAGGAGAAGAACGGUGCGCCUGCCGAUAAACAAAUCUCCAUCGAUGGCGAUUGCCCACCAAAAGUGCCUUCCCCCAUGGCUGAGCCAGAGGUUAAAACCAUGUUCUCAAAAUUUAAUUGUAAAAAAUCCAUUUAUCUGGUAGAAAUGAAGAUAUCGUACAUUGUACUAAUCAAUNNAUAUAACAAAGCCAUUGAUAUUUGUCCAAAGGAGAAUGUAGAAGAUCUUGCAACUUUUUAUCAAAAUAGAGCAGCUGCAUAUGAACAAUUGAAAAGCUAUAGUGCUGUAAAAGCAGACUGUACGAAGGCAUUAGAAUUAAAUCCAAAAUAUGCAAAAGCUUUGUUACGUCGGGCACGUGCUUCGGAACAAAUAGGAGAUUUAGAAACUGCUUUAGAAGAUGUAACUAUUGCAUGUUAUUAUGAAGCAUUUACAAAUAAUACUUCCCUUUCAAUGGCGGAUAAAAUUUUGGAGAAACUUGGGAAACAAAGCGCCACAGAAAAUUUGAAAAACAAAACGUUUAUAAUGCCAAGUAAACAUUUUAUCAAAAGUUACAUUAUGUCUUUUCCUAACGAUCCGGUGUUUUCUAGACUUCAACAUCUACAAAGAGUUCCAAAGUUUUUCAUGAGACCAUUACAAGCGUUAAUAGAGAUGAAUUACGAUGAUGUAAUACCACUAUGUAAUGAGGUGAUUCAAAGUCCCGAGUUUAAUACAUUACCUUCAUCUAAAAUAGAAGUGUUACUAUUACGAGCUACGUUUUACCUACUCUUGGGCGAACACCAAGCUGCAAUGGAAGAUUUUGAGAGUAUAUUAAACAACACAGGUACAUCCGAUAAUGUGAAAAUAAAUGCUCUAAUAAAAAGAGCAGCUUUCUACAUGCAAACUGAGAAAUUAGACAACACUUUCGAAGAUUUUGAUGCAGCCAUUAGACUGAAUCCAGAAUAUAGUGAUAUUUAUUAUCAUAGAGGACAGAUAAAUUUAUUCAUGAACAGAAUAAAUGAAGCUAAAAGCGAUUUUGAAAAGGCUGUUUAUUACAAUCCAAACUUUGGCAUAGCAUAUGCACAAAAAUGUUACAUGAAUUAUCGUUCUGCAAUUUUAAAUAGAGACGAAGAAUUAGCCGAAAAGGCUAUGGCAGAUUUUGAGAAAACUUUUGAUAUGUAUCCAAAUCCUCCUGAAUAUAUACAUUGUCAUAUAAUGUAUGCUGAGAUGAUGGCCGAAGCUGGACAGUUUGAAAAAGCUGAUGCAUAUUUUGAUAAAGCAAUUAGAGAAGAUCCAGAGAAUGCAAUUAUCUAUGUUCAAAAAGGUUUACUGCAACUACAGUGGAAAGAGGAUGUUGAUAAGGCUGUGAAAUAUAUUCACAAAGCAUUAGAAGUAGAUGAAAAGUGCGAACUUGCAUAUGAAUCAUUAGGAAGUAUUGAAGUACGAAGAGGAAAUUUAGAAGAAGCAAUAAGAUUAUUUGACAAAGCUUUAAUAUUCUGUCGCACUCGUAUGGAAUUGAAACACAUAUAUAGCCUGAGAUAUGCUGCGAAAACACAACUUAAUAUAAAGAGACGUUUAGGUAUGGAUGUCAAUUCUGAUUUAAGACAAUCCACUCAAUUUAACUCGAAUUCCAUGUCCUAAAUUAUUCAGAAAUAAUAAAAGAAUACACACCGUUACUAAAUUGCAAGAAUCAAAUUUUAUGUUAGCAUAUCAACCUUUAAUACAACAGGGUAUCU